AUGAGGGCCGUGAUCUUCCUUGGCUUGGUGGCCGCUUCUGCGAGAUUCGCGUACCACGACAACGAACUUCGGUUUUGGGCCCAUGGUCAAAAGCCAGAACACGCUCUGAAUGGUUUGGCGUUCAUCGUCCGUGCCUUCAAGAUUUCGAAAGGCCAGGAUCCAGAGGGGAACAUUGAUGUGAACCAAACGCGUUCGUUUGACGGCAACGAUGGCACUUUUCACUUCAGGAUCGGGCGCCAAAGGACCAACAAAGUCGCCAUAUGGUACUCUAACCAAAUGCUCUGGGCUGCAACAAACGAUUGUGGCGAAUUGCCACAUGAGCUCAACUUCGCAUUCAAAGGCGAGCUGCUGGUGCGAGUGAAAAAAGGCACUCCGACCUCCCGGACCUACCUGAUCAAGGAUGUGCUGAUCGCGCAAGGAGGCAAUCGUUGGAAUCUCAACAUGUGGUAUUUUGGAGGCAGAAACUGUGUGUUUUUGUUCGAGACGCACGUUGAUUGCAGAAGUGAAGAAGAUGCUGAUGGCAAAGUGGCCAAGGUCAGAUUCUACCACAUAUUGAAUCAGCACGAAAUUAGGAUCAUAAAUAUUGAGAUUCUGGACACGAAGCAGAGAAGUGGCAACAAAACCUUUCUUGUCGCAUUGCCGGCCACCAUGAAAACAAGCCUUGCAGUGCGCGGCGAUGGUGUGCCAAGCGGCAGCAUGACUCUGCCGGUGGAGCGUGCUGCUGCAGUGACACAGGGCAACCAAACCGCACAGACAUUUUUUCCAUAG